AUGCCGGCAACAUGCAGCAAAGAUUCCACCAACAUGAGGAUAGUUCUGCUGGGUACGCCUGGAGCAGGGAAGAGUGCAACAGGAAACACCAUCCUGGGGAGAGAGGUGUUUAGAGAGGAGACUGGAGCAGGGAAGAGUGUGUUGGGGAAAAGAGAGGUGGAGGGGAGGAGCAUCACUGUGAUUGACACUCCUGGUAUUUACAGCACAACACUGACUGAAGAACAACUGAAUGAGGAAAUGAGAAGGUGCAUCUCUCUCACUUCUCCGGGCCCCCAUGUGUUCCUUCUGGUUAUCAGGCUGGAGAGAUUCACACAGGAAGACAGGAAUACUUUGUCAUGGAUCCAGAAAAACUUUGGCGAGGAGGCCUUGAGUUACACCAUGGUGUUAUUCACCGGAAGAGAAAAACUAACCAGGAUGCAAUGGGAGGACUUUGAGAGGACUGAAACAACUAAACAACCAAUCAGUGUGUGUGGGGGAGGGCAUAUUGUCCUCAACAGUAAGCCAGAGGUCCACACCACUCAGGUCACAGAGCUGCUGAGGAAGAUAGAAGAGAUGGUGGAGAGGAAUGGAGGAGGUCACUACCUAGAGGAGAGGUGCCAGGAGGCUCAGAGAAAGAUCAGAGAGGAGCAGGAGAGGGAGAAGAGAAAGGAGGAGAUAAAUAAGAGGAAGGGGAAAUUAGAGAGGAGAGAAGAAGAGGUGAGGAGGAUGGAGGAGGAGUUGAGGAAAGAGAUAUACAAAAGGAAGAUAGAGGAGCAGAAGAGAGAGGAGGAGAAGAAAAUAGAGGAGAAGAAGAGAGAGGAGGAGAAGAGAGAGGAGCAGAAGAAAAUAGAGGAGCAGAAGAAAAUAGAGGACUGCAGGACGCCAACCAAAGUGAUGAUCCCGGGGAUCCGGAGCGGACCGGUCACCUCUGCUGAGGCGCAGAAGCCUUACGAACCGGCUGAGGCAUGA